CCAGCGGAACAGUGGAACCCAACCACCCAGCGCGAAAAGUCCGACCACGACCAGCAGAAGUGAAUAGAAAUCCGAGUCAGGGGCCAAGUCAAAAGAUUGUUUGUGCGAACCCAACAACGAGUCAGAGCGAGCCGUGUUCGAGUGGCAAAUAUACUUAAGUGCUUUCCGCGAUGAGCUUCACCCGUCAGCUGUCCGAGAUGAGCGCCAGCGAGCUGAACGACGCCAUAGACGACACCAACUUCCCCCAGGCUCACAUCCUGUCGCGUGGUCGCAACAACAGUGUCUGCUCAACAAGUAGCACCUCGGGCACCUCGUCGCUGGCGGACAGGGCCCAGACCCAGGCGCAACCGGAGGAGACAGCCGACCUUCCCGCAACUCCUGCCGAGGAGGUGGCUCCAUCUACCCCAGCAACUCCUGCUACGGGCAAUCAGCGUCCUCGCCUCAUCCUAAAGAUGAACGGCAGCAGUCCGGAUAGUGAUGGUACACAACCGAAAACACCAAUGACACCGCGUACAUCGACAACGCCAGGCCACGAGAAGUGUACGUUCCACCACGACCUGGAGCUGGAUCACAAGCCGCCUACUCGGGAGGCUCUCCUACCGGACAUGGCCCGCUCCUACCGUCUGCUGUUGGGCGGCCUGGGCGAGAAUCCCGACCGUCAGGGACUCAUAAAGACGCCGGAGAGGGCAGCCAAGGCCAUGCUGUUUUUCACCAAGGGCUACGACCAGAGUCUUGAGGAUGUCCUUAACGGCGCAGUCUUUGACGAGGAUCACGAUGAAAUGGUCGUUGUUAAAGACAUUGAAAUGUUUUCCAUGUGCGAGCACCAUUUGGUGCCUUUCUAUGGCAAGGUUUCGAUCGGUUAUUUGCCUUGCAACAAGAUUCUGGGGCUUAGUAAACUAGCACGAAUUGUGGAAAUCUUUUCUCGACGACUACAAGUACAGGAGCGCUUGACAAAACAGAUUGCCGUGGCAGUAACUCAAGCCGUGCAACCGGCGGGUGUUGCUGUUGUCGUGGAAGGAGUACAUAUGUGCAUGGUGAUGCGUGGAGUCCAGAAAAUCAACAGCAAAACUGUAACCUCAACUAUGCUGGGAGUGUUCCGGGACGAUCCUAAGACCCGCGAGGAGUUCCUCAACUUAGUCAAUAGCAAAUAGGAUGGAGGCCUAGGAUCGAAUGAAUACAUAAAAGCAACUAAACCCUUAUUUUUGGAGGCGCAUAUACAAACAGAAACGAAGAAUUGAAACGAAACAAAGGGUCCAAUAGAUUAUGUGUUUUUAGAUUUGAUUUUCUUUAGUUAGGGCAAAUUUUUGCAGCCAUUUUCCAUGUUGAUUUUUAUGAAAAUUGUUAAAAAAUUCUGUUGGCAUAUUCAUGUUUACAUUGAAGCGAGUGCAGCGAGUAAUGAGUAGGGAAGCGAUGAGGACGUGAAUUGAAUUUGGGUGAUGGGUAGUUUUAUUUCCAAUUUUAUAUACAUUUUAUGGCACUUAAUGAAAGUUUAUGCAACUUUUACAUUCGAGAAAUGCAUUGUGCAAUAAGGGAACAACUGAUAAUAAAUCAAAGCAAACCGAUUAGGGAAUUUACAACAUAGUAAAAAUUAAUCGAAUAUAUACAGAAACUAUAUCUACCUAUAUUCAUGUACCUACACUGCAUACAAGAUACAUACUUAUAUAAAUAUUUAAAUUGAUAUUAAAGCCAAUCCCGCGACUGGCCAAGACACACGAUUUUAAAUGUUGAAUUUGAUGUAUGCUUAAUAAGUUAAUGUUGUUGCUUGUAGUGAACCGAAAUUGCUUAUAAAUUAAAAAAUAAAUUAUGUAUUUAAAUAUUGUUGAAAA